UAUACUACACAAAAGCUCCCGAGGCUAAUUAUGUUGAUGCUGCAGUCGUGACAAUCCUCCAAAUUCAUUGCACUCAGCCAUUGGGGGACAUUUUGGUCUUCCUCACUGGACAAGAGGAAGUUGAGGCGGCUACUGAUAUUUUGCAUGUUUGAUUAUUUGUAUGAUUAAAGGAACGACUCCGAAGUUUGAAUUGUGUGGCAGAAUUGUUAAUUCUUCCCAUUUAUUCUACACUCCCUUCUGAUAUUCAGGCAAAAAUAUUUGAGCCUACUCCUCGGGGGGCCCGAAAGGUGAUUCUGGCGACAAAUAUUGCAGAAACUUCAUUGACGAUAGAUGGGGUUAUUUAUGUCAUUGAUUCUGGAUUUUGUAAGGAGAAGGGGUACAAUCCUCGUACGGGGAUGGAGUCUCUCACCGUUGUGCCCAUCUCACGAGCCUCGGCAGACCAAAGAGCUGGAAGAGCGGGUCGAGUGGCCGCAGGGAAAUGCUUUCGUCUCUAUACUUUUUGGUCGUAUAGAAAGGAAUUGGAAGAUAACCCAAUUCCAGAGAUUCAGAGGACUAAUCUGGGAAAUGUAGUCUUGAUGCUAAAGAGCUUGGGAAUUGACGAUCUUAUAAAUUUUGACUAUGUUGAUCCACCGGCUUUUGAGGCAAUUACAAUGGCAUUGGAACAAUUGUUUGCAAUGGGAGCACUCAACCAUAAAGGUCAAUUGACUGUCCUUGGCAGAAGGAUGGCAGAAUUUCCAGUUGAUCCAAUGAUUUCUAAAGCAAUAGUUUCCUCUGAAAAAUAUAAGUGUACUGAGGAGAUACUCACAAUUGCCUCAAUGUUGGGACAACAUAACGCAAUAUUUUACAAACCAAAGGAUAAGGCCGUUCAUGCGGAUGCCUCUCGUCUGUCAUUUAAUAUUGCUGGUGGAGAUCACAUGACAAUGCUCAAUAUAUAUAAUCAAUAAUGUUUCUAUUAGUAUAUUUAGUGGAGAGACUCUGGAUUUUCUUCCCAAUGGUGCUUUGAAAAUUAUAUUCAAGUGAGAACUAUGCGACGUGCAAGGGACGUUCGUGAUCAACUGCAGUCGAUGGUCGAGCGUGUUGAACUCGAAAUAUCCUCCAGUCCACAGGAUAGUCAGGCUAUUCGGAAAUGUUUGUUGUCGGGAUUUUUUUACCAUACUGCCAAAUUCAGCAAAAGUGGGAAUUAUAAAACAACGAAGCACAAACAGAUUGUGUCAAUUCACCCAACUAGUAGUAUCUUCAACGAACAUCCUCCUCUUAAAUGGGUGAUUUACCAUGAACUUGUCUUCACGACUAAGGAGUAUAUGCGAAUCAUUUCUGAGGUGGAGUCCUCUUGGUUACUCGAGAUUGCACCACACUUUUUUAAGGACUCUGAUUUUAAUAUUUGA